AUGGCUACUACAAACCGACUAAACCGACUCCGAGUGACGCUGGGCAAGCCAAUUCCAGAGCUGAACGCCCACAAGUGCCUUCACGUUCAUCAAGGUGAAGAUGAGGAGGCUAUGAAGAUUACCUUCAAGCGUACUAUCAGAGUUCCUGAUGACGGUACAACGUACAAUCUGCCUCCAGAUCUUGGCAACUUCCCUCUCUACAAUAUCGAUCAUUACAAAAAGACUCUUUCAGAGGCUAUGGCGCUAAAGGGCGGUUGUUUCAUGCCUAUUCAUCGUGAGUUAUCUCAGCAAAAGCACACUGUUUUCGGGGCCAGACGUCUCAUUCACUCGCGUCAAUUAGGACAUGAAGCUCUCUGGAUCAACUUCCAAUCCACUCGCCCGUUUGCAAUCAAAGUCCUCCUUGGUGGUAUCAACGCCAUUAGUGGUGAGCCCAUCGUCGAUUCGUUUGCAACUGUUCUUCGUCGAAGCCGUUUGAUCCAUGAAAAGAGAAGCGUCCAAGACUAUGUCGUCGUUGAUCCCGACCGAACGGGUCAACUUUGGCUUGACGGCAUUGCGAAGCAGAAUGGCGAAGUCAUGCAAUUUGUUUCUGUCCCAAUGGGCUCAGGAUAUUCUGUCGAGGCCCAGGUCGCUCAGACGGAAGCUGUUGGUGCCAUUCAGAUCCUCGUUGUUCCGAUCAAGCGUGGUCCGACUCAAUUCAUUUACGUCAAACAAUUGAACAAAGAGGGAAAGCUUCUCAUCAUGGUUCAUUCCAAUGCUUCAAUCUACGAAUUCAUGUGUGCGAUCUCAGCAAAGAAUGGUGUCCCCGUAGGACAGAUGAGACUUCUCUACAACAGCCGUCAUUUGGAAAAGAGUGAGUACCUCGGCGUCACAUUAUAUGGGCACACAGUUGAUUUUAGUAGACCACCUUCUCUCACACUAUGGGAUUCUAGAUUAAACCUUGUCCUCAACCUUCAAGGAGGUGGUCUCCUUCAGAGAUCUAACCCUUUCAACGCCGAAAUGUCAGUUGGAGUAGGCGGCAAGAUCAAGCAAUCAAUCUUGCGAGAUCCACAUGCUGCAAUUGCAUGGGACACCAAAAACUUGGCUAUGUUCAACGUUCAACUCCUCACUUCCAGUGUCUUCCAACGAGUAACUGGCAAUCGCCCACCACCAACUCCCGUAACAGCCCAAAGCUAUGCCGAUGCCGCCCAACCAUACUUUUCCCUCCCCACCCAAGCCGACUCUGGCAUCCAAGGUCUUUUCUCAGAUGUCAAAAGCAUCCAGGAGCUUGAUGCUGAGAAGGGUAUCUUGGCCAAGGAUGAGAGUUCUGCCAAGGAACUGAACUUCCCUACUAUCCAGCUCGAUAAGAGUGGACUGCAACAGCACAAGUUCAUUCCUGUGUCAGAGAUGGAAAGCGAUCUCUCCGCUUGGAACUCAUAUCAGUUCUUGUAA